GAGAAAUCCAGAGCAGGGCAUCGAGCAAAAAGAGCGCACAAGGGGCCGAUGUUCUUCCAGAUACCCUGGUGCACAAGAAAGAGGAGGGCAGAGAAACCACAACACUGCAACUUGGAUGUCAGCAGCCGCACUCUCUCUCUUUAACUCUCACACCCACCAAAUCGACUUUGAACCUGUUUGUUUAAAUACACGGACUUUACAGCCAGCACACUUACUGCUGAUUCCGUCAGGCGGCUCAGAGCGGAGUUCCUCUAGUUUGUAGACGUACAAAAAAAGAAAAAAAAGAAAAAACAAACUUUUUUGGUAUUCCAAUGGUGCCUCAUGGAGACCAGGGGAUGACCUUAUUUCAUCCAAUAUUUUCAGACGCUGUGCUUUAUUUUUCCCGGACAAAUGGAAACUAAACCGGAGUGGCACUGAAGACAUCUCUCUCUCUCUCCCCCACGGGAGAGUCCUCCCUCCUUUCCCCGGGGCGAUGCGGAUCUCCUUCCUCCUUCUCGCAGCCUCUCUGUGCGCCUCUGUCCUCCUCCUCGCACCUGCUUCGGAGGGCUGCGGGCCGGGGAGGGGAUACGGCAAGAGGCGGCUCCCCAAGAAGCUCAUCCCGCUCGCCUACAAGCAGUUCAGCCCAAACGUGGCCGAAAAGACCCUGGGAGCGAGCGGGCGACCCGAGGGGAAAAUUACGCGCAACUCCGAGCGCUUCAAGGAGCUCACGCCGAACUACAAUACAGACAUAAUCUUUAAAGAUGAGGAGGACACGGGCGCAGACAGGCUUAUGACUCAGCGUUGCAAAGACAAGCUGAACUCUUUGGCCAUCUCUGUGAUGAACAUGUGGCCAGGUGUGAAGCUGAGAGUAACGGAGGGCUGGGAUGAGGAUGGUCAUCACUCAAUCGACUCGCUGCACUACGAGGGGCGUGCUGUCGACAUCACCACCUCAGACAAGGACAAAAAUAAGUAUGCCAUGUUGGCCCGCCUGGCUGUAGAGGCUGGAUUUGACUGGGUCUACUAUGAGUCUAAAGCCCACGUUCACUGUAGCGUGAAGUCAGAGCACUCAGUGGCAGCCAAAACCGGAGGAUGUUUCCCUGGCGACGCUCAGGUCACCAUUGAAGGUGGGCGGAUCAAACAGAUGCGUGACCUCCUCCCCGGCGACCGUGUCCUUGCGUCCUCCUCAACAGAUGUCCACGCUCCGCUCCUCUACAGCCCCGUUGUGUCUUUUCUGGACCGCCAGCCCAAUGCCACCAGGACCUUCUAUGUUAUCGGGACGGAUGGGGGGCAUAACAUCACCCUCACGGCCGCUCACCUGAUCUUUGUCACAGAAUGUCCCAGCAGACUGAUCGGGUCAGGGCAGAAAGAAACAUCUCAGGACACAAAGCUUUUUGGUUCCAUUUGGCAGAGGAGGGGACAUGAGGCAGGUAUGAGGACAGUUUUUGCCAGCGAAGUCCAGCCUGGACAGUGUGUCUUUACAUCUUCUGGCAGAUCAAAGUCAGAUCCAAGACUCUCAGUUGUGACGUUUGUUGAGGAGCAGACAAGCACUGGGCUGUAUGCCCCGCUCACCCAGCAUGGGUCUAUAGUGGUGAACAGCGUGUUAGCAUCUUGCUACGCUGCCGUGGACAGUCACUAUUUGUCCCACUGGGUCUUGGCUCCUUUGAGACUUAUUUACAGAAUAACAGGACACUCUCAAGUGCAGAACGAUGGGCUCCACUGGUACCCCUGGAUUCUGCAAAGGCUGGGGAAAGUGCUGCUGGGUACUGAACACUUCCACCCUUGGGCCUUUGACCAGUGACAUAAACUUAAGGAGGACGAAUAAAUAUCAGACCGGUGGCAUAUUUUAUUUGCUUGCAUGCAGGGGCACAAUAUGGAAAAGCACAACUGUUUUUAGAAGAAGACUGAUCAAAAGUGUAAAUAUAUUCUAUACGUACUCCAAGUGCCUGUAUUUGCUGUACUUCAAUAAAUCUCUUAUGUAUGUCUUUGUG